GGGUAUAAAUCAGACUCUCUGGUUCGGUUCUCGCAGUUCUUUGCAGUAGGAGGAAGCGAAAUGGAGGUCUCCUUCGCCGUGCUUCUCGCCGUCGCGCUCCACGCUUUCGCUCAGGGUGAGGAAAUGGUUGAAGAUGUGGGAGCAUGGCGGCCUGCAAUGGGUCUCCUAGAGAAACGACAACAACCAUUAUGCGGAACCUCGACGAUCCUCUCGAGCGGGCAAUCCUCUCCCCUCAUCAGCAUGAACUACCCUCAAAAUUACCCUUCCGUGCAUUACUGCACUUGGACGUUUCAAUGCCCCGUGAAUAUGACCCUCCAAUGCUCUCAUUUCCAACUGCCGUGGACCAUAAUGUGCGUGGGGUCCGCCUUCAUCUACAACGGCCGAUGUGUGCGUCGUCGACUGAACUUCAGAACCCGGUGAAUGUGGGGAACUAUCUCACGGCCGUGUUGUAUAGUGUUGCCUACAGCUCGAGGGGAUUCGAGUGCACUGUCACCUGCGGAUCGAGCGCUCCUAUUACAACUCCGGCACCGACUCCUCCUGCAAAUCCUUGUCGUGCGUUGAAUGGGGAAGCCCUUAAUGAUCGGUGCGGCAUCUCCCAAGGCAGCAAGAGACUCCUCGGAGGAAUUCCCGUGACCGAUCAGGGGAAGUAUCCCUGGAUGGUGCACAUCACAGAUCCGAGUCGGACGUUGUUCUUUGGGGGAUCCCUCAUCAACGACCGAUACGUCCUCACUUCCGCUUUCCAGGUGCAGCAAAGUGCCUCUACAACCAUGUAUGUGACAUUGGGAGACUUGGACGUGUCGACGUCGACCGAAAGCACAUCCAUCGAGGUCCAGGCGACGUCCAUCCUGCAUCCUCACUUCGAUAUUACGACCUACAGAAACAACAUCGCCCUUUUGAAGCUCGUGACUCCGGUGGACUUCACGGCCUAUCCGAAUAUUCGGCCGAUUUGCAUUUCCGCCGAUGCCGAUCCCGCUCCAGGGACUCAAGUCUCCAUCGCUGGAUGGGGAGGAAACGUUUCCAGCUCGGCUCCGGUUCCCGUGAUGACCAUGCAAGAGGCUAUAGUGCAGGUGCUCGACACCGCCGCCUGCCAAACCCAAUUUACCCAGGUCGACCAGUCGUUCAUCUGCACCCAGCCGUUAGCGAACGCGGUGACGAACAUCUGCACUGGUGACAUGGGAGGUCCGCUGAUGUACCAGAAUCCAGGCGGGUACAUCCAGAACGUCGGCGUGGCGUCCUUCUCCCUCUGCUAUCCGGGGUACUUGUACUGGACGACCGGCGUGUUCACGCGGACAUCAAAAUACGUGGACGACUUCAUCGACAGCAAUACCAGCGAUGCGAUAUGGUGCCCCGCGCCCUAAAAUGCCUUUCCUUCGUUUCUCUUUUUCUGCUUUCCUUUUCCCCAUUAUAAGAUUCUCUGGCGAUCGAAGCGAUGUUAUCCUCAUUUCUUAUCCAACAUUUCAUUCAUCUUCUUGAAGGUGAAAUAUCAGGCUCCGAAAAGGGACAAAUAUAUCGUUGAGAG